CAAGUGUUGCUCCACCUGUCGCAAAGAGUGGUGCGCUGGAAUAGUGAAGUGAACUGUCGGUUGAUCUCACUUAUGCGGGCUUGAAACGUGUGAAGGUCGUUCCAGUAGUACGAUUCGACCACUUGAUUAAUGUUUAUGCAUUAGCUGGAAACGAAAGUAUGAGUACAUGAUUGACGUUUUGUGCAGUCACCUGAGGACUGAAGCACAAGAAAAAGUGUUCAUCGUACGAUUUGAUGUGAUUUAACCGGCUACUGGCAGUAAAGAAACGGAAGUGCUCGCGUCUUGCAGUAUUAUUAGUUAUAGUUCAACAGUGAUUAGUAAUAUUAGUGGAAAACCAGGAAGAUGACAGUUACGGCAGCGACUGCGGCGGCGGCGGCAGCGACGGAUGCGGCAAAGAAAAGCGAUUCAAAAUGGAACCUGGAUCCGGUGCAGCGGGCCAUGGGCCAACUCGGCUGGUGGCACAUCAUGGUGUGCGCGGUUGUAUUUCCCCUGAAAUUCCCCGUGGCGUGGCAUCAGAUGGGAAUCAUUUUCCUGGGAGCUGCCAUGAAUUAUUCUUGUUCUUCGAACACAACACUAGACAGGUGUUCCAAGAGUUGCACAAGUUGGGAGUAUGAUACCAGUGUGUUCAGUUCAACAAUAGUCAGCGAGUGGGAUCUGGUAUGCGAAAAGGCCCACCUGGUGAAUCUAUCUCAGACGAUCUUUAUGUUUGGUAUCCUGAUUGGUGGUGUACUAUUUGGAACGCUGGCAGAUAAAUUUGGUCGGCGACCACCUCUGGUGUUUGCAGUUAUGAUACAGCUCGCUGCUGGAGUUGCUGCUGCUUAUAUUCCUUGGUUCUGGGGCUUCGUGAUACUACGUUUCCUCACAGCUGUAGCUACCGGUGGAACAAUGGUUACAAGUUUCGUCCUGAUUAUGGAGAUCAUUGGACCGAAGUGGCGUGAAUUGUUCUCCGUUCUAUAUCAAAUUCCAUUUAAUUUGGGACAUCUUACACUCGCAGGAUUUGCAUACUUCCUACGCGACUGGCACCAUCUUCAGUUCGGAAUAUCUAUCUAUUCGGUUCUACUUCUGACCUAUUACUGGUUGGUGCCGGAGUCACCGCGCUAUUUGUUUACUUCUGGAGACACUGCUGGUGCAGUGAAGGUUUUAGAAAAAGCCGCCAAAUGCAACAAACUGCCUAGGGAUACAAUUCAGAACGAUCUGGAGCAGUUCGCAAAGGCAAAACACACUGGAGUAAUUUCCAAGGGCAAUGUGAUAGAUUUGUUUAGAACACCAAAUAUGCGUGCCAAAUCUCUGUUCAUGUGCUUCAACUGGUUCGUGUGCGGGUUAGCAUUUUUCGGAGUAGCCCAAUAUGUCGGACAUUCUGGUGGUAACAUAUAUGCUAAUGUCGCGGUCGGUGCCGCGCUGGAGCUCCCAGGAACGGUGCUAUGUAUUUACAUGAUGAAAACCUAUGGCCGACGAAAGACCUUGAUCAUCUCCAACACACUCACAGGCUUGACCAUGUUGGCGAUUGCAUUCGUUCCGGAGAGCCUCACUUGGCUAAAUGUCGGUUUUGCUUCGAUUGGUCUGGUCGGAAUGAGCAUUUCAUUUCCAACAGUUUAUCUGUAUGCCGGCGAACUAUUCCCGACCGUGGUUCGUAACGUCGGAAUUGGAACGGCGUCAAUGAUUGCCAGAAUAGGUUCAAUGAUUGCGCCAUUCGUAGCUGGGAUGGGAGAAGUGGCCCAUUGGUUACCGCCCAUAAUAUUCGGUGUUGUUCCUCUGAUAGGUGCCUUCUUUGUAUUUUUCUUGCCUGAGACGCAAGGUUUCCCGUUGCCAGAAACUAUUGAAGACGGCGAAAAUUUUGGCAAGCGGCACAAAAAAACAGAUACUGUUGAGGACGCGAAAUAAACGGUUAGACUAUAACCCCGUCUUCGUUAGCCUCUCUCGUAAGCCGUUUGUCCAAAACUGUCGAAACGUCAGUCUUCUGUAUGGCCUACUUCAUUUUAAUUGUAUUAUUUAAGUAAAAAAAAUAGCAUGACCAUUGAACAGUUUGAGCAAGAAUUCUUCUCUUCUAAGCGUACAAAAGACAGUCCAGA